CGCCGGGGCGGAGGCUGCGCCCAUCGCGGAGCCGGGAGCGCCAAAUUCUCUUGCUGAGACUGAGAACCAUCGUGGCUCGGUCAAUGUGAUUUUCGUUCUUUUGGGAUACGGAGUAAUCCCGCUGGGACAUCUUUUCACCUCUUUUGGAGUUCAAACCUUCCUCUUGCUCCCUGUCUGGAAUGGAGAUUUCUUCCCACCAGUCUCACCUCCUGGAGCAGCUGAACGAGCAGCGGAAGCAGGACUUGUUCUGUGACUGCAACAUCCUGGUGGAGGGCAAGGUCUUCAAAGCCCAUCGCAAUGUGUUGUUUGCCAGCAGUGGCUACUUCAAAAUGCUCCUCUCGCAGAGCUCGAAGGAGACGAGUCAGCCAACGAUAGCCACGUUCGAGGUCUUCUCUCCAGAGACGUUCAUGGUUAUCCUGGACUUUGUGUAUUCAGGGAUAUUGUCUUUAACGGGUCAGAAUGUGAUAGAAGUCAUGUCAGCCGCCAGCUAUCUGCAGAUGACAGACAUCCUCAAUGUCUGCAAGACCUUUAUUAAAUCCUCACUGGAUAUUAAUGAGAAGGAGAAGGAUCAUUACCUCAGCCUCUCGGCCAAAAAUGCGAGCACUGAACCCACCCCCGCCCGCCCGGCUCUUUACCGCUCCAGACGGAAAGCAAAGAGCAACCCCCGGCGUUCCUACUCCAUCCCGGACGAAAAACCCAACGGGAACGAAAACUGGAGCAGCUACAGCAGCUACCUAUCCUCGCAGGCCAUCCUGCAGCGGGCAGAGACGCAGCUGUCCAAAAGAGGGAGGAAACAGAGCACGAGGAAACGCCGCAAGCACCUGGGGCUGGCGCAGAGCCGGGAGCCCGGAGGGGGCAAAUCGGGCAGGGCAGAGCGAGCCGGAGCCUCGGAUCCCGCUCCCAUCUCCCGAGGGGGAGAGGAGGCUGAGUUUGAUGCCGAGAACGACGUGGAUCGGGAUGAUUUUGGAUAUCAUCCAGGAGGAGAUGGGUCCAAGAGGUGGUCGGUUAAUCAGUUAGAGCAAGAACUUUCCAGAACUCCUGAGUUCAUGGAGUUAAAGGCAGAAGAACUGUACAGCUCGAUGCCCACGAUUUUAGGGGUCAUGAGUAGCUGGAAUGAAGGUGAGCUGCCCAGGAUGAGGUUCAAGUGCCCGUUCUGCACGCACACCGUGAAGCGCCGCGCGGACCUGAAGCGUCACCUGCGCUGUCACACCGGGGAGCGGCCGUACCCCUGCGAGGCCUGCGGCAAGAGAUUCACCCGCCUGGAGCACCUGCGCAACCACUUCCAGACGAUCCACCAAGCUGGCAAGCUGAUCUGCAGGAAGUGCAAGCGGCAGGUGACGGAGCUGACGGGCUGCGUGGUGCAGCAGGGCACGCGGCGCUACAGACUGUGCCACAAGUGCUUGGCAGGAGCCGAUUUCCACAGCAUGGCCCAGGAGCUCGGUGCACCUGAACAUUCCCCUGCCUCCUCCACGGCCAACAAACGGCCCAAAUGGGCUUUGGAGGAGGAGCAGAAAUCAGAUGAGGAGACAGCAGAGGAGGAGCCGUAUAAUUUGGUCGUCAGACACAAUAGUGAUGAUAUUCAGGAGGAGGUGAAGGAAAAGGUGAAGCCAAACCUUAGGUAGAUCUUGGUGUAUUUGUUGUUGUUGUGUUCAAGAUUUUGUCCUACCCAUUAAUGCUGGUUUACUACUUUUAAUAAAAUGAAUUCUUGCUAAAA